GGCCACAAUUGUUGAAAUGUUAUUUUACGUAUAUGUGAUAUUAGUUUUUUUCUUGAAGGGGAUUAGUUGUACAAUAGAGGGAGAAAAACAACCGUAUCACGGAGUUAAGAUUGAGGAUCGAGAUCAGCUCAGUGUGGCCAUUGAGAAAAUACUAAAAACUGCACCAAAGUAUACGAAAGGAGGAGCUGCACUUGCAAUUCAGCUGAUAAGAGAGCAAAAGAACGAAAAAGGUUACAUAGUAGACCGAGUAUACAAAAGUUUAGACAGAUCUCCUUACGUGGGAAUUCUUCCCAGGUGUCUCUGUAGGUACGUGACCUGUACAGUACCUAUAUGCUCUAGUGUGUGUUUAAAUAGUGGUAUAGAAAGAAAAGCUCCAUUUGAGUGUUUGGGGUGUCUAAGUGAGUGUAUCCCCCUUUUUAUGAGAUGCUUGACUGGAAGUGAACACUGAGAUGAAGUUUGUUUGGCUCUUUUUCCUUGCCCUGCAAUCGGCCGCCGUUUUGGCAGAUUUUGAGGAGAUGAAGGAGGAGUUUUCUACCCUAGUACGGGGUGUAGAUGUGAAGGAAGCGAUGGACAAGCUCGUGGAAUCGUAUGAAUUUAGUGAGGAUUCAAUUGUAUCUUCAUACGAGCAUUGCAAGGACCAAGAAUUAGAAGGUCCUGAGACCUUGGGUUGCUUUAUGGAUACCAUUUUCAAGAAAAGGAUACUGGAAAAGCACCAGCUUCUUUUGUGUGCCGGAGAAUACUUUGGUAGCACAGCUAUUGAGUGUGUAAUAGCCUGCUUCGACAGGUACAAUCCGGAAUGUCUCAAGUGCCUUGGAGACUUUUUGCCAAGGUUUUUUGACUGCCUACAAGAGGCUCCUUAUGAAUAUAUGCUAUGAUGAAGCUAUUUCUG